AUGAAGUUCUUUUCUCUUGCUCUUCUGGCCACAGCUGCAGCUGCCAGCCCCGCCCAUCGAUACUUCCACCUCAUCAGCUCCGGUGCCUCUAACAGCACAUACAAUGGCCUCUACUUAUCAACCCAGAGCACCGGCCCACUAAACAGUCAAGCAAUUCUCACCAGCGAGGAAAGUAUUGCCGGUGUCUUUAUCAUGAACAAUGGAACAGUGCGAUACAAAGCGGAGAACAACGCCCCGUGGGAACUUGCUUUGAUCCCUGGAAAGCAGAUCAAGUCUGGCGUUGAGGUCAGUGUCAGUCCCAAGUCUGGCAGCACAGGGUUCUCUCUCAGCAAGGGCGGUAUUCUGCAGGAUUCGAGCACAAAUUUUAGUGGCUGGCUUGCUUGUAGCGACAAGGGUCUUUAUUACGUCAACGCUGCUGUAGGUAGCGGCACACCUGAUGGAUGCUAUGAUAUUAAGCUUAAGGCGGACUACGAGUUUUCUACUUGA